GCGGAGAAGAUUGGCAUUGUUGGGCGGACUGGUGCCGGCAAAAGCUCUCUCACUCUGGCGCUCUUCCGAAUCAUCGAGGCGGCCAAGGGAAAGAUCGUCAUGGACAACAUUGACGUGUCUAAGCUGGGUCUUCAGCUGCUGCGCUCUCGCAUUACCAUCAUCCCCCAGGAUCCGGUGCUCUUCUGCGGCACUAUUCGCUCCAACCUCGACCCCUUCGACAAGUACACUGACGAGCAGCUGUGGCACGUACUGGAGCUGGGCCAUCUGAAGACAUUCGUCAAGAGCCUCGAGAUUGAACNCGAGGGCGGCGAGAACCUCAGUGUUGGCCAGCGUCAGCUGAUCUGUCUGGCGAGAGCACUGCUUCGAAAGACAAACGUCCUCGUUCUGGACGAAGCGACGGCCGCCGUCGACCUGGAAACCGAUUCCCUCAUUCAGUCGACCAUCAGAACGCAGUUCUCGCACUGCACAGUGCUCACCAUUGCGCACCGUUUGAAUACGAUUUUGGACUCAGAUCGUGUCAUGGUUCUGGACGCCGGAAAUGUCGCCGAGUUUGAUUCACCUAAAAACCUACUCUCUGACCACCAGUCCAUCUUUUACUCGCUGGCCAAGGACGCCGGCAUUGUCUCCUAG